AUGUGCGGGGUCUCCAGGGCCCCUGCAGCACUGGACCCAGGGACAGCCUGUCCCCAGUUUCUGCAGAGCCCUCGGCGGCAGCAACGGCCAACUCUCCCAGGUCGGGCCGGGUCCACUGCAGACACCUGCACCAGAGCCCCAGCCCCCCCUGCCAGCACGCCCAACCCCAUCCCGCUGUGGCUGGCUGCCCCCCCACCCCGUGCUACCCUGACUGACUGGCGUCCCAGCCUCGGGCCCCAGCCCCACCCAUCCCGGGACACCUGGGGAACCCUUGCUCAGGAGGCAGGCCACGUGGGCCAGUUUGUGUGCCACUGGCAGGGCAGGGGGACACUCAGAGACCCACCCAGGCCCCCCAAGCAGAUCGCCCCCGAGGCCCCGUGCCCUCCUGCCACAGCUGACUGUGGGUCUCUCUUUCUCACCCGGUCGAGACAGGUGGUCACUCACGUGCCUUUCCCACUCAGGACCUGCUGCAGGUGGCGUCUGGGCCAGGGCUGGUCUCCAGACGGAUUGCAUGACGUACAUUUCAAUAAAAGCUGGCGGCAGGGGAAGCAAGGCUCUGAGAGGCGCAGGUGGCGUCAGGAUCUCGGGGCUUUGCCGGCCCGGCCCGUGCCUCCUCCCAGGAAGCCUUCCCUUGGAGCUCCUGGCCCAGGGGGGCACAGGCCAGGGGCAAGCGGCACUCAGAACACAGACGAUGGAGAGCCUCCGGCAUGGUGUCUGGAGCCUGAGGACUCCUGGAUGGGGCGUGUUCCUCUAGGUCCACCUGGCGGGGCCUGCAGAGUCCCCAUCCCCAAAGCCGACCACAUCCAGCUGUGGAACGGGCAGGAUGGGGCCCAGGGGCCCCUCGUGUUCCCAGCACGGCUUCAGGGCAGGCUGGGGGUGAGUUCCAGCCAUACAAACAAGGAGCCUGCGUUCUGA